UGCGCAAUUCACUGCACUCCAAAACAACCGCUUUGCUACAUAUUCUACCUGUGCAAAGCUUAUAAUGUUCAGUUUUUAUUAAAACAUUCUUGAUUGUCCAUGUUCGUAAUAAAGUGACAACUGACUGUAUGUGCUUUUGUACUGCUAACCUGCUCCAAAGCACUACGGUGGUGUGAAGAUUUUGUAGGUUUGAGUGAUAGGAUGGCAUUUGGCUUUGACUAAUAAUGUAAGGAUGAUAUUCUACAAGACGCAUUUACACACCUACGUAUUGUUUUGAACCCCACAAAGGCCCACUCAUUGUGCAAAAAAACACAAACAUCAUUGUUCUGUAACAUAGUUUAGAUAGAUACGCAUAGAUUAUGGCUCAUAGGGUUCAACUCCUGAUGGAGAAUGUGUACAUCUAGCUCAAAAUUCUCAAAGUAAAAAACAUUUAGAGCUCAUUUAGUUCUUAAACGUGACCUUUGAACAGCUCCACAGAAGACUUAUGACUCAUAUAGCUUCAAACACCAUGCGCACUGCUGGAAACUACUGAAAACCCCUAAUAAACUCUUAUUGUAGACAUGUAGGUGUGUGAUAAGGGUCUUUUCAAAAUUUCUGUGGUGUAAGUAUUUAAAAUAAUCUCAGUACUGAAACGCUCCCAUUUUGAGUAAAUGUCAAAAAUGAUUUGAGCAGGGUGGAGCUCAUGGAUAAGUGAUAGAUUUGGCAUGGCAGAGCGCUAACUAUUUGAGGAUGAGGCUGCUUAUAAAUGCUCAUACAUAUCUCUAUAUAUUUCCUCAACUGAAAUCUGACUUAGCGCUUGUUAUUUUAAAAAUAUUUAUAUAUAUAUCUAUUUUUAUUUGUCUUUUUUGUGAAAAUUAGGUGACACAAACAUGAUGAAUAAAUUAUUUUGUAGACGAUAACUUAAGUUUCCUGUUGACUUUUUUUUCUUCUCUGGUGAGCUAUUGCAUAUUCAUAGCAGCAAUGUGGAUGUGGUGGAAAGGCACCACACAGACACCGCGCAAAGGGUCUGAAACCACAUCCUUAGUCACGCCACUUAUGAUGACGCCUUCACUGUCACAAAGGCUGAGCAGUUGUUCCACUAAAUGUUCUCACACAGACAUCAGCACAUUAGUGACUCCGCUAGGUAGUUGACUGGUUAAGUGGCAGAAUUUCAAAUUAAAAAAGUUUCAGCUGCUGUGUUUCUUCCUGCCUAAACCAGCGGCUGAUAACAGUGGGUCGUCCCCAUGGCUCAUAAACUUGUGUGCUUAUUGUUGCUGUGGGACCUCACUUUGUUGAUUCAUGGAGUCACGUCUUUCUGCAAUGUCACCUGCUCGACGGACUUUGCCACUUCACUGAAUUGUUCCUGUUCAGGCGCUGUGCCGACAUAUCCGGUCCAGGUCCAUGUCAAGUGCAGUGAUGAUUUUGAUGAGGUCAAUGGCAACUGUGAAGUCAAACCACCUCAAUCCUGGUGCGUAAUGUAUCCGGAAGACCUGGAUGAUGUUACAGCAGUUGGAACCAAUUGUACUUUGACAGUCAGUCAGAAAGACGAUCAAGGACUAACAAAGACCAGUGAGUCAUCCCCUUGGGCUCUGAGCGAUGUGGUGAAAGCUGAGCCUCCUUCAAAUGUCCAAGUGACAAACACUGACAGAGUCUACAACAUCACCUGGGACCACAAUCACAACCAAAAAGACUGUGUCACAUACAGGGUGCGCAUAAGAGAGAGCAAAGACUUGUCAAAGGAUCCAGUUUUUUCUCUUUUGAUGGAAACACAGGACAUUCCUUUAGACCAUAACAGACUCCAUCCACAUUUCAACUAUACUGUGGAUGUUCAGGCCAAAAUGUGUUCUAACAAUCUUUAUCGUGGUCCGUGGAGUGAGUGGAGUGCCACUACAGAGUGGAGAACGACAGGAACAGAUGUAGAGGAUGAAGAACUUGGUGAAUACUUGUGGGUUUCCUACCUGGGCAUCAUUCCUCUCAUAGUCUUCCUCUUACUGGUUUAUUUAAAAAGAACGUUUUUGCAGAAAAAACUCCAGCUGAUUACAUUCAUCCCCAGGCCAAAUGAGUUUUUUAAGCCCCUCUACCACAGCUAUGAAGGGAACUUCAAGGAGUGGGUGAAGCCUGUUUUUAGUGAGUAUGAUUACCUGAAGGUCAACUCACACGUUCAGACAAUGAGCGAGAAGCAGCACGACAUCCUCCAGUGGAACAACGAGAAGCAAAGCUACAGUGACGACAUUGAGACCAAACAAGGUGGUCAUUCCCCCCAUAUGUUGCAGCCUCACAACAAUUUGUUGCUGCAAUUCCAGGAUGGCAGCAGUUCACAGGGCACCAGCCACUCCAUGGGACACAUCUCCAUCCAUACCGUAACCCUGUCCGGAGAGGAGUGCGAGGAUGAGGUCAUGUCGCAGGGCUCCAUUAACACCCUCAGAAGUUACCAAGAUGGAGAAAGCUUUGGUUCGUUUGAGGAAGACAACAGAGAACACGCUGGCUAUGAUUUAGAGGCACCUCAGCUGUCCAGGAUGGACAGACAAAGUGGGAUAUUACCACAACAUGAAAACCAAAUAUCUAAUGAGUUAUCAGUGGAAAACACAAACUUUCAGCCACGUGCUCAGUUUAAUGAACCAGAGAGGCUAUCACUUGACUCAUUCGCCUCAAAUGAGCAGUCAGAAGACGGCUACCCUCAUGUGGACUUGGACACCAUUGACAGUGGAUUUGUAGAGUGCAGCAGCCCUGGGGCCUCAGACGCAAACACAGGAGAGCAGAUGGAGUGUGAUUUAUUCUGUGAUCACAAAAACUCAAAUUCUAACUAUGUCAAGCAGUGGAUGAUAUGUAACACUAUUCAGGAGGACUCCAGCAACUCAGAGAAUGAACUACAUGAAAUGCAGUGAUUGUCGCUGCUGAUUUACUGCCAUGAUUACAGUUUGUAGUGCUGUAGGACAUUAUUGUUGGCAUUUUCACAACAGAUACUUGAAUUAAAAGAUGAUUUUAGUCGUCUGGUCAGUACAUAAUCUUGCAUGUUUUGUUCAUCUUGACAUGUUUAUCUGUGCACUGUGUACUAUGUAUGUAUAUAGUCCCAUUUCUUUGUGUUUCUGUGCGUAUUUUUCUUUUAAAAGACUGGAGUGUGCCAACGUGAUAGUUUUAACUUUUUCUAAUUGUCUCUUGUGGUGUUUUUUUUUAUUAUUUGAAUGGUAAUUUGAUUCAUUAGUUUUAAAUGUAUCAAUUUAUUAAUAGAUCAGAGUAAAGCAAUGAGAGUUCAUAAUUAUUCUCAUGGGACAGUCCAGACUUCAUAGACAUAAGACAGAAUCACAGUUCUGCAUAUUGCUUUUGUUUAUGCUGUUGGAGAGUUUUUUGUCAUUUUGUUACUGUAUGUACAGCUUCUCAUGGUCAUGCAUGCUUCAUUAGUCUAUACUGCAGCACCAGCAUGCACGCUGCCUUAUCAAGAUGUCUGAUAAUGUUUGUUUUCCUUGUAUAUGCAUUUUGUCUGUAACCACUGUAACCAUUCAUCCUGUUUUGUGCAAUGUCAGUAAAAUGAGCAAACUUGGAGCAACAUGAUUAUGUCUCUGACCUUGACCUCAACUAUUAGGAGGCUUUGACAAUCUAUUCUUUCACUUUGAGUUAUGUGCAGAAUGUUCUCAGAGUAUGUUUGCUUGCUUUCACCAAAUGGCUUGUUUGCAUAGUUACUGUACCAAAGUAUUUUGCCAUUCUACUGGGAAAUUCCCAAAACACAUAAAAAUGGACAAACAUAAAUGUUUUGAUGAUUUUUUUUCCCUCUUUGGGCCCCAUGUUAUGUAUUUUUCCUAUACUUGGUAAAUGUAUGUAACAUCAGGAUGUUUAAUAGAGUUAGUUUCAAGGUACAUAUUUGUCAGGUUUUGGUGAAUAUCAUUAACUGAUAAUAUCUAAAAGAGUAAGAGUGUCUGAGGGUGGAUUUUUCCUACUGAAAGGGCUCCUGAUGGGUCUGUAGUGGGAGGGGGAAGUGUAGCUCAUUUACUUUCCAAGUUGAGUUUCUCCACCAACAAAUGGUCUCACAGUGUUGUUUGUUUAAGUACAAGUCUGUUUCUUCAUCCUACACCAGUCUACUUGUUACUGUUUACAAAUUCCACAACCCUCUGACCUGGGUUUGACCCUAUGAAUAAAAUCUGUUUUCUCA